AUGUUUCUGUCCGAUGCACACACUCAGUACCAUACUCAUUUGUUACGGAAACGUUCAAAGUUUCAAGUACCUGUGAUUUUGGGUGACCGCAUUCCUCGCUCAGACCGCGGUGACGAAGAGCGUGAAGCGUGGGCACGUAUGAUGUUGAUUUUAUUUAUUCCUUGGCGGCAACCUGCAGAUCUGCGCGGUCCUGAUGAAAGCUGGACAGCUGCGUAUGAGCGGCAUAGUAGUAAGAUAUCGCUUAGGCACAAGAAGAUUAUAGCAAACAUGAAUGUCUUGUCAGAGUGCCGGGAUGUUAGGGAUUCGUUCCGAGAUCUCCGUCGAACU